AUGGCUUCUUCUUCUUCCUUUUCUUCUUGUGCCCUCGCCCCUCGAUUGAAGAAACAUGAUGUGUUCAUUAGUUUCUAUGGCAAAGAUAUCCGUGAAGGUUUUCUCAGCCAUCUCCAAAAAGAAUUGAAACAAAACCAAAUAUAUGCAUUUGUGGAUGAAAACCUUGAGAGAGGAGAAGACAUCUUAUCAUCCCUAUUGGCGAAAAUUGAAGAAUCCUACGUCUCAAUUGUCAUUUUUUCAGAGAAUUAUGCAUACUCUUCAUGGUGUUUGGAUGAGCUAGUAAAAAUACUUGAAUGCAAUAUAGAGAGGAAGCAAAUAAUCAUACCAGUUUUUUACGGUAUAAAUCCAACCCAUGUUCAAGAGCUGGAAGGGAGUUAUUGCGAUGCAAUUGUCAAGCACAAAAAAGAAUCCAACAACAAUUCGAACAAGCUGGACGCUUGGAUCAGCGCUUUGAAGAAAAUAAGCAACCUCUCCAGCUUUGUUGCUGAGAAUAUUAAGCCGGACUCUAAAUUAAUUGAGCAAAUUGUCAAUCACACCUUGAAAAAGCUAGAUGAUCUUGUAAUUUCAAGUGAUUAUUGGAACGAUGGCUUGGUGGGAAUUAACUCACGUGUCAAGGAUGUUGAAGAGUUAUUAUGCCUUGAGUUAGUAGAUGUACGACGUAUUGGAAUUUGGGGAAUGGGUGGGAUAGGAAAAACAACAAUUGCUAGCAAGAUAUUUGAGCGAAUUUGGAAUCAAUUUCAAGGUAGAUGCUUUAUUGCAAAUGGAUACCCUCUAUUUUGUCCUCUUCUAUCAAGAGAAAGCUCUCACAACAAAAAAAUCCUCAUUAUUCUUGAUGAUGUGAGUGACGUGACUUUGGUGUCAAUUGACUUCUUAAUAGGAAAGCAUGUUGUUAUUGGUUCAGGAAGUAGAAUUAUUGUAACAAGUAGAGAUAAACAGUUGCUCAAGAAUGUGGGUACCGAAAUAUAUAAAGUCAAGAAAUUGAAUGAUCAUGAAGCUCUUGAGCUAUUCAGUUUCCAUGCCUUUAAACAAAAUUUUGUGAAGAAAGAGUUUAUGAAGUUGUCACGCAAGGCAAUCGAUUAUGCUAGUGGCAAUCCACUAGCUCUUAAAGUUUUGGGCUCCAAUUUAUUUGAGAAGACUUUGGAAGAAUGGGAAGAUAAAUUGAGAAACUAA